UUCUGGAAGCCUCAUCCGUUUAUCGUCUCUGGGAUUUACUCGAAUAUGUCGAUUUCGAACUGCAUUUAAUAUUUUCUGAAAAACGUCGCCGAUCGACUAUUGGGAGCAAACAUCUGGAUUCGAUAUUCU